UGCCCCCAUGAAACCAAUCAAACGCGGGUACAAGGUAUGGUGUAGAGCGGACUCUGUGACUGGCUACCUCUGCGAGUUUCAAAUAUAUGAAGGGAAGUCUGCAGAAAGAGAGGCUGGUCGUACACUUGGAGAACAUGUCGUUCUUUCUCUUUGCAACAAUGUUGACGAAGACAGUACGCUCUACUUUGAUAACUUCUUCACUACGACCAAGCUCAUGGAAGAGCUUUCAGAAAAACAAAUUAUGGCAGCAGGCACGGUUAGAACAAAUACGAAGGAUUUACCUCAUGAAAUCAAAGUGGACCAGAAAUUGAAGAGAGGGGACUAUGUUUGGCGAUCAAAGAGCCAAUUGACGGCGUACCAGUGGCGUGACAACCGAAAUGUGACGAUGCUGUCAAACUUCCAUGAUCCAUCUGAGGUGGUUGAAGUGAACCGGACGCUUUCUAAUGGAGCCAAGGUGGGCGUGACAUGCCCCAAUGUAGUCUCCGACUACAAUAAGUUCGUGGGGGGUGUCGACCGAUUCGACCAAAAGCGUAACGCAUAUAUGUGCGACCGUAGGUCGAAAAAGGGUUGGUACAGACUCUUCUAUUACCUCUUAGAUGCAGCUGUAGUCAACGCUUUCAUUCAGCAUUGCCACUUCACACCAAACGAAUACUUGUGGUUUCGUCUUGCCCUUGGAAGGGAGCUUAUCAGCGGUCAGAGCUUCAGGAAAAAGACGGCCAUUCCCGCUUUUCAGCACAAGAAGCGUGGACGUCAGUCUGGACAGAAGAUGGUGGGCGUUCCUGAAGAAAUCAGAUUUCACAAAGGUGACCACCACCCUGUGAAGACAACCGGACGUAAACGGUGCAGGUGGUGUUCUACUAAGGCGAAGGAAAUUAGGACGGCACUUGUAUGCAAAGUCUGCAACGUGCCGUUGUGUGCUACAUGUUUCCUGCCUUUUCAUAACGGAAAGUGAAGGUUUUCAUACAGCCAGACGUUGCUGUUUGCAAGAGUGCAAUUUUGAAUAAAUUUAGUACCCACAUUUUUUUUAUUGCCAA